UUGAAGAAGGGAGAGGGAAGGAGAGAGAAGGAACAGAUAAAGAGAAAGUAGAGAGUGAGAGAGACAUGAUAGGGUGGAAGAAGGAAGAACUCUACCCAGAUAUAUACCUGGCAUAUUACCAAGAGUGGUGCGAAGAAACAUACCAACAAACAAUAAGUAUCACAUACAUAAAUCCUCUCGUUUCACUUCGGAGAAUGGAACGCGGAAGUAAAUUCACACCAGUGUUUGUUAAUGUUUUCAUUAGAUUCCCGUUGCAAUUUCUAACUGAAAUUUAUGCGGUUUAAUUUGGGCAAGGAGACGUUUGUUUUCAGAGAGAUAUUUUGUAUUUCUCACCACUUUUCCUUUCUGCAACUCUUUCAGUAAUUUUUCAUUUCUGGACACUUUGACUCCACGGUCACAGCCGCGUCGCACCGUCUGCGGUACAGUACACCAGUGUACACAGGGCCAUUCAUGUGGUAGUAGACUGACUGACUUCACGCUGUGGGGAGAAUGAAAAAACUGGUACACAUGUUCCUUGUCCUCCUGCUAAUAUGUGUGGUUGUCUGUUUGCUGACUCUACCGAAAAUGACAUGGCCAACCAAAAAGAUAGCUGACAUCAGUGUAGGGGAGGUGGCCGCCACUGACAUCAAUGUCACACCAAUUAAAGAGAACACGACAUUACGCGACAGUGAUGAACCAAAGGCCCACACUAGACCCCACAGACGGUAUCUCAUCUACCUCUGUGACGAUAUGCGUUCUUGUGGAGGUUGGGGAGACAGACAGAGGGGCAUGGUAGCUACCUAUCUGCUUGCUAUGGUAACAGGGCGACAUUUUGGCAUCAAUAUGUCUUACCCUUGUGACAUCAAGAUGUUCUAUAUUCCAAAUAUGGUCAACUGGUACGUGAAGGUAAAGGACAUUCGUGGUUUGAAUUGGGAAAUAGUGGAUUGGAUGGAUAACCGCAAGGCCGAUGUCGACGUCGAAAGUAACUUUAACAUUAAACACCCCAGUGAUGUUGUCUUCCUGAAAACAAACCAAGAUAUCAUCAACAGAAUAAGGAGGAGUUCCAGAUAUGGUCGCCAUGUUCCAAAGACGUUUAAAAACAAAACACGUGCUAAAGUCUUUCAAACUAUAUGGGAACUUCUGAUGAGGAAAUCUUUUCAUUUUGAAGGACGUUUAGACAGAUUCAUGAGCAGGGUACCAAAGAAAACAGAUUUAGUCUGCGCUCACGUUCGGAUGAGGAAAAAUCCCAACAUGCCCAAUGACGCCUCUCCGAUAAAUGCAUUAUCCUCUAUAGACUCAUUAUGGAGAUUUCUAUCUAAAUUUAAAAAUACUAGCCGUGUUUUUGUAGCUAGUGACUCUGUGGAUGUAAGAAAUAGUGCCAGGAAAUGGUUCGGUGACCGCGAAAUUGACACGGAUGGUGUGGUGCUUCAUAUUGACCUUCAAGGCCAUGUGUCUAGUGCUUGUAUUGGCCUCGAGAUGGCGCUGCUCGAUCAAGCUGUCCUCAGUCUCUGCAAGGUGCUCGUUGUGUCCACCAGCAACUUUAGUAUCAGAGGGGCCAUGAUGUCAAAACUUAAACAGAAACUAUUUAUGUUUAAAAACGGAACUAUCACAGCAUUUAACCUCUCGUAAUUCUCAGAUCGUGUGUAAUAAUGAGUAUAUAAUAUGCAUGAUGUCACAACUUAAACAGAAACUAUUUAUCUUAAAGAAUGGAACUAUCUCGACAUUUAACCCCAAGUAAUUAUCAUUUUGAUGGGUAUGUGAUAAAAUA